AUAUGAUUUGGUAGAUUUCAGUUCCUGCUGCAUCGAUAUGAACCACAGAGGCUGCUUUAUACCUCACAGACACUCGUUUCCUCUGUCUGACAGAUGACCCUGGCAGGUGACGAUCCUAAAUAACCGAACAUGGGAAUCAACAACCAGAGGACUCUAAAGACAGUCUCCAUCCUUUCAGUGAGUGUAACCCUUUUCAUCCUCGUGAUGAACUAUCCAGAACAAAGCUGUCUUCCCAAACGGGAGACCAACUUGAAUCACUUCCUAAACCAAGAUGUUGGAGAACUGCAGGCUUGUUCGGCCAUCAUCCAAGGAGACAUGGACGGAGUGGACAAGGAGAGUUUCAGGAAGCUUCUGGCUUCAAAGAAACGACCGUCUUUGCUAACCGAGUCGUUUUAUCUGAACGCAACCACGGACUGUCCAACAUACAUCGAAGGAAGAGGAUUUCUGAUGGAGGCUCUUAGUAAGGAAGAAGAGGAUUUUCCUAUUGCCUACUCAAUGGUGAUCCAUGAUAAAAUCGAGAUGUUUGAAAGGCUCCUCAGGGCUAUUUACGCCCCUCAAAAUGUCUACUGCGUUCACGUGGACAUGAAGUCUACGGAGAUCUUUAGAGAAGCUGUGAAUGCCAUUGUGUCCUGCUUCCCUAAUGUGUUCGUGGCCAGCAAAUUAGAGAGCGUGAUCUACGCCUCCUGGUCUCGAGUUCAAGCGGAUGUGAACUGCAUGCAGGAUCUGCUCAAAUCUCCAGUACAGUGGAGGUAUCUGCUUAACACCUGUGGCACUGACUUCCCCAUCAAGACUAACGCAGAGACCGUUCACUCUUUGAAACACCUCAACGGGAAGAACAGCAUGGAGUCCGAGACGGUUCCAGGGAAAAAUUGGCGCUGGCAGUUCCAUCACAACAUCACGAACACCGUGAUCCGGACCGAUGUUAAAAAGUCGCCCCCGCCAAUAAACACCCCCAUGUUUUCAGGAAACGCGUACUUUGUGGUUUCCAGAGAGUUUGUGGAUUACAUCAUGACCAGCCGAGAGAUUCAGAACCUGAUGGAGUGGGAGAAAGACACGUACAGUCCUGACGAGCACAUGUGGGCGACGCUACAGCGGAUGCCUUCGGUUCCAGGAUCCAACUCUCCGAACAAUAAAUACGAGCAGUCGGACAUGAACGCCAUCGCUCGGUUGGUGAAGUGGAGCUACCAUGAAGGAGAUUUAAACAGCGGCGCUCCGUACCCGCCGUGCACCGGGACACACAGGCGAGCGGUGUGCGUGUACGGAGCCGGAGACCUGAAAUGGAUUGUGAGGCAACACCAUCUUUUAGCCAACAAGUUCGACCCUGAGGUGGAUGAUAUUGCAAUCAAAUGCAUGGAAGCGUUUUUAAGGUACAAAGCCGUUUAUGGUCGAUCGCUGCUGACUGUUAGAAAAUCCGAUAUUGUUUUAUGACGCUUUGAUAUCUGUGUGUUUUUUAUAAAUGUGUUAUUUUUAUAUCUUCACCAGUAUGAAUGUAAAAGCUAAUAUAUAAUGUUGAAUUUUUACACGUUCUUCGCAGGUUAUAUUUAUAUAAAAACUGUAAUAAAAUUGGUAUUUUAUUUA